AUGGUAACAAGUAAUCGAGUUUGUGAUAGAUGUGGAAAAGCUUUUGCAACUCCACAAAAGUUUCGUGGGCAUCAAAAUAGAAAGUUUCAAUGCAAGCCAGCAGUUAAAUCUCAGGAUCCCACACUAAGUACUCCACAAAAAGAUAAUGAAUGGUUUGCUGAUAUGCAAGGAGAUUAUAAAGGAAGAUUAUGGCAAGCUGAUCUUAAACCAAAUGUUAGAGAUAUACCAUAUUUUCCAAGUAUAAUAGCUGAUACCCGUCAGAAAAUAACAGAAAUUCUUAAGAGUGAACUUGAAGAAAAGGGGCAAAUCAAAUCAGCCAUCACUAUAUUGGCUACAUAUACAGAGAAUAUUGGAACAUAUAAGCAAGUUUAUCAUAGAGGAGUUAUGUGUGUACUUCUUUUAAAGAAUGAUAUAGAUGGUCAUUUAACAAAGACAGCAGUGGAAAUCGAAGAUAAAAUUGUCAAAUUUAUGAAAGAAGGGUCUGGUUGGAAAAUUGUUAGUAUAGAUGUAUUAACUAUUGAGAUGUAUAAACUGGAUGCACGAAAAUCAGGUGGACAUUAUGGCCUUAAACGAAACCAACUUAGACCAAAAAAAUGGUUUCUUCAAAAUACCCGACAGUUUUAA